AUGUCGUCUCCUCAAGCUUCUCCGAAGAAGGUUACAAAGCCCAAAGUCACUAAACCCGCUACCCAUCCACCGUAUGCGGCCAUGGUUAAGGCAGCUAUUGGAGCGAUGAAGGAAAAGAAAGGCUCAAGUCGUGCUGCCAUCUUGAAGUAUAUUCUGCAACACUUCAAGCUUGACGAUAACAUCACCAAGGUAAACGCUCAUCUUCGUAUUGCUCUGAAGUCCGGUGUUAAGUCCGGUCAUCUGAAGCAAACGAAAGGAACUGGUGCCAGUGGAUCGUUCCGCUUGGCCGACAAAGCCCUCAAGGCCCCGAAGAAGCCAGCAGCCCCCAAGGUCAAGAAACCCAAAAGCCCCAAGAAGACAGCAGUCAAAAAGGUGGUGAAGAAGGCAACCGGAACUAAGAAAGUCAGCGAAGAGAAGAAGCCAAAAGCUACAGUCAAGAAGGCAAAGUCGGCUAGCCCAAAGAAAGCGAAACCAGUCAAGAAGCCAGCUGCAGCGAAGCCCAAAAAGGUCAAAAGCCCUAAAAAGGCGAAGGCCCCGAAGGCUAAGGUCGCAGCUAAGAAGGCGUAA